GACAGGAAAUGACUGCCAUGGAUGUGGUAUGAUUUUUAUUGAAACAGCGUUUUGUAGCCCUGGCCCCAUGCUGUCCACAGCUGUUUUCUUUGCCAGCCAGGUGGCCCUCUCCUGAAUAAUCCCCUCCUCAUCCCUUCACAUGACUUCAGCCUUUGGACUUUGAGUUCCUGGCUGCUUUCCACAUUCCACUCCCUUUUCAGAACCCAGGCAUCCUGACCUCCAGCUGAAGCUGCUGCAUGUGGCUUCCCCAUCCCUGGCCCCGUGACUCAGGCCCUCUGAAGGGACCAGCCCUUUUCUUGGCACUCACGGGAAGGGGGGACAGGGAGGGGGGCUAGGUGGUGACAUCAUAGAUGAAGUAUAAAAGCUUCCAGCCAAAACAGAAUUGAAAUUGAAGACACCGAAAAAACGUGCCUGCGAAACCAGUGCUCCUGGGGACCCUGCAGCCUGACACCCACAGACAUCUAUCUGGUCGCAGAUUCCCACUCAUCAAGGACUGCCCACUGACUCCAUGCUGGGCACUCCCUGGCUUCUGUGGCUGCUGGCUGUCACCUUCUCCUUGGGUUCCAGAGCACAGCCCUUGGCCCCCCGAGACCUUGAAGAAGAGGGAGAUGAGACAUCGCAGCCACCUCUGCCGGUUGUCCCCUGUGAUUACGACCGGUGCCGCCACUUGCAGGUGCCCUGUCUGGAGCUGCAGAGAGUGGGACCGACGGCUUGCCUGUGCCCCGGGCUGUCCAGCCCUGCCCAGCCGCCGGAUCCACCGCGCCUGGGGGAAGUGCAAGUGGUGGCCGAGGCUGGCCGCGCGGUGGUGCGCUGGUGUGCCCCCUUCUCCCCGGUGCACCAAUACUGGCUGCUGCUUUCGGAAGGCAGCGGGGCUCCCCAGAAGGGACCCCCCCUCAACUCUACCGUUCGCAGAGCGGAACUGAAGGGCCUGAAGUCUGGUGGGACAUACGUCGUUUGUGUGGUGGCCGCUAACGCGGCCGGAGAAAGCAGCGUGUCGGGGGCCGGUGGCGAGGGCGGCCUCGACGGGGCGGGAGGCCCUGUGUUGGGGCCGUGCGGACGGCUGGCCGUGCCCCCCAGGCCCCUCACCCUGCUCCACGCGGCCGUGGGGGUGGGCGCGGCGCUGGCCCUGCUGAGCUGCUCUGCUCUCUGCUGGCACUUCUGCCUGCGCGACCGCUGGGGCUGCCCCCGCCGGGCGGCGGCCAGGCUCUGAAGCGCGGGCGGCAGCCCCGGGGUCGAGGCCCACCUGCGGGGCCCAGCGCGGCUGCCGUGAGAGCUCGCGCCCGGCCCGGCUCGCCGCUCUGCCCCGGGCUGGGGGGACGAAGGGGUGGAGAGGGUCCGCACAGUGUUUUAGGACCAAAUAGUAAAUCACUUAGACUUUGCGGUUCCGAGGAUAAAAAUCGAAGAGAUUAUGUAACACUUACAUAACCAUGUAAUCAUUUACAUAUGUAAAACCCAUUCUGAGCUCUUGGGCCUUACAAAUGAGGCCCAGACAGUUCUGGCCCUUGGGCUGUGCUGUCUCACACCCCCUCCAAAGGGCUCUGCCACUACAGGUGGCUUCAGUGGGGUUUUGAAAAUAAACUGCUGCAGAAUGGGGAGUUUAGGGUCAGGGGCUGCUCCUCCUCUUCUGCCUUUUGUUAGAUAUUGAGGAUGGGCACAUCCACCUGUGUGAGAAAUAAAUGAUUUGGGGUGAAGAAGAGAGGGACACCACCCCAGGCUGCUGUCUGGGGCGUUUCCCAAAUCUGAGGUGUCUCCCCAUGUUCCCCCAUUUUGUGUUUCUUGUAUAUCCACUGUAACAACAUUAAAAGAAACAUAAAAGGAGGAUGUUCCAUUUUUCAUGAUCCUUUUCAAAUCCCUUCCCCCAUAGAUGUGUUUCAGAGCAGUAUACAUACUUCUGAAUCUAUCUUUAAAUUAACUGGAUGUAGGAAAGUAUAAGCUGCCCCAGGGUAUAAUCCUCACUUUUAUUGUUCUUAUAACUUUUUUUGUAAUUAUAAAAGUAACAUCCAAAUUUCAAGUAAUACUGGCAAGUAUAAAAUGAAAGUUCCCUCCUCAAGAGGUAAUUGCCCGAAACAGAGCAGGUCUUUUGCUAUGCAAUGCAAAUAUUUUCUUUUUUCACUCAAUAUCUUUUGGACAGUGUUCCAUGUUGGUAAAUCAUAGCCUCCUUAGUUAUUUUAAAGGCUGCAUAACUUUCCAUAGAAGGAUGUCUCCAGUUUUUGCUAUGGACAACCUUGUUUUGUUUGUGUAUCCUUGUUGCGGAAAAUAUUGGAAAACCUGGACUGCAUCGCUGACAGAAGAACCAAGCGGCACUCAGAGGUCCUGGAGUUGUUGAGGUUUUAUUUCACACUGUUGGGCUCAGAGGGGAGUAAUCGCCCAAGGGCGGAGCCCUGAGCACAAGCAAGGGGAGCAAUUU